AUGACUGUGGCACGAUCCAGAACAGAGGACUCGGUCUUCAGUGGGCGUUCAGCUGGCGUCCCCACAGAGGCCAGUCUGGGCUCUCGUUCAGAAGCCAGUCACGCCUCUAAUUCGUCAAGACCUGAUCCCAGCAGCCAUAUUCGUUUUGGGGGACUCUUUGUCGGGCUGUCCAACUCACGGGGCGGUACCUCAAUUUCGUCUAGUCUCAUGCCUCUCCAGCCCAACUCUGAGGACGAGGACGAUUACGGUCAUACUGCAGAGGACGACCGGAGUCAACGAAGAGCAAGUAGUCUCUAUCACCAUCUCGACCUUGGAUCCACAGCCACGGACACCGAACAGCAACAUCAGGGAGCAGGACCAAGGGCUUCAGCAGGAGAGAGUCGGCGACCACGUCCACCACGGGCCAGUCGAUACCCACCUCCCGACCUAGUUGCAGAACUGAUUCAAGGACAGUUUGAACAAGCAUUGACCGAAUCUGGCGCGACAGCAUCAUCUACCCCUACCAUUCCUUCAGGUGUACCGCUCGCCAUUUCAGCUACUACGCCAUCAAUACCAACUGAGGCCAGCCCGUCAUGGACAGAGUCUAUACAACAACAACAACAACAACAACAACAACAACAUCAACAUCAACAUCAACAACAACAACAACACCAACGGGCAGCUCCUUCAGAUCACCUGACAACUCUGCCGCGACCCAACUCUUCCAGCACCUCACUGGAGACAGUCAACAAUAGCACUGCCGCUGGCGAAAGUCACAGGGAUGGCUCUACAAGCGCAGGAAGCAGUACGAGCGAAACCCCGUCGGAUUCAGCCUUGGGCGAGGACCUCUUUGGUCGCAGGAGUACGAGGAUACACAGGAGACGCCUUCGAUCAUCUAGCUUGCGAGGUCUCUUGGGAUUCCAGCCGAUGAGCAGUGUCGUGACUGAGGAGCGCUUGGCAGGAACUUCUACCGUUGAAGGCGAAUCUUUACCAGAACAGCGCAACAGAGGCACUCAAGGACCCAAUGGAAACUUGGAUAGGCCACGACUGGUUGAGACGCGAUUUUUUGCUCGUCUGAUUGCAGAGCUUGGGCGUGGAUUACGUGGUCAUAGCGCGCAGACUUUGGAGAGUAGUGGUGAUCGCGUUUCAAGUGGAUCCACAGCUGUGGCCACUGCUCCCACAGAGUUUGCCACGGAGCCAUCAUUGUCGUCGAACAGCGCCACCAAUGAGAUUGCUGACUCGACAGGAACAGAAAGCGGGACAACACCCGCAAUGCCACUUUCAACGGCAAUGGAAACCACUCCUGCGACGGAUGCAACAUCAUCAUCAAUGGACGGGUUGACCACAGAACCUAGCCCGCCUGUCCGUCCUCGAAGACAUACGACCAUCCGGUUUAUUCAGAUUGGAGAAAGUGGGCGAUUUGACCUUGGAGGAGGAAGACGAUCGAGGAACCGUUCCACCGGGACAGGACUGGGAUCUCUUCGAAGCGAUUCUCCGGAAGGUACAACUGGACUAGCACGGGAGGACCUUGCAGACGCGAUCAUCAUGUUGUUGAGCAAUGCGAGCACUACUACCGGUCUAGAAGGCGAGUCCUCUGAUAAUGCCCCGGAUGGACCCGAAGGUUCAAGGCCAGGAAGGUCUCGACGAUCCCCCUGGCUUGUCCUCACCUUAUCAGGAGCAUUCCUCGGCAGCCUGCUGGCAGGCUCUGGAGGAGAAGAAGAGGAAGGUGGAAUGAGCUAUGAUGAUCUGUGGGCGUUGUCAAACUUGAUCGGACCUGCGAGACCGACGACGACGACGCAGGAGGCGAUUGACAACGCGGGUUUCCAUGUGGGCCAGUUUGACGAUGCAUCCAAGGGGAUGCGCGGGUUUCAUACGCUAGGUGAUGGUUCCAAGUGUCUUGUCUGUAUGAGUGACUAUGAGGAAGGCGAGGACAUGAGGGCGUUGAGCUGCAAGCAUGGUUUCCAUCAGGAAUGCAUCGACAAGGUAUAUUUCUUAAUUCUGGAUGCGAAAAUGUAG